AUGAAGGCCACGACGAAGGUGGUGAGCUUUGGCCUCAACUUCAACGGGCAGUUGGGGUACGAAUGCUACGAUAACAAGAAUCCACGAUCCGUCAACGCGCCGUCUGAUCUAAUCUCCCUUCACGCCGGAUGGAACUGCUCCGUCGCAGUGAAUAGUGAAGGCACGCCCUACUUCUGGGGUACGAUGCCGUCCAAGUACGACGGCAAGGCCAAGUUCCUGGAGCCUUCGCCCCUCCCCGCCAUCUCCAUCGGGUUCAAGCUGGCCCACCGCCGAAUGCUAAUGGCUCCUACGACUACGGCCGUAGAGGACGGAACGGCGUACAGCUUCGGGCAGGGCGAGUGGGGCAAGCUGGGCCACGGCGGCGCGGCCAACGAGCAGCACCCGAAGCAGCUUGAGGUCCAGGGCAAGGUCACUCAGAUUGGCGUCGGAGACCAGCACUCGGUCCUUCUCACCGACGGAGGCCACGUCUACACGUUUGGCCAGGGCAUCUAUGGUCAGCUGGGCCACGGCACCCGCAAGGACCUCGACCGACCGAAGCGAGUCGAGGCUCUCGUUCGGGCGCAGCAAACGAUAACGUCGAUCGGCGUGGGGUUCGAUCAGACCUUUGCUAUCAACGCCGACGGCGUCGUGCAUUCGUGGGGCCGCCAGGGUCCUUGGCUGGGACACGCCGCGCAGCCCGAUCACGUUAAGCAGCCGCAGGAGGUCGGCCUGCUCAAGAACAAAGCCAAGAUCAUGCAGGUGGCCGCCGGCAAGCAGCAUACGUUGCUUCUGACGAUCGACGGCAAGGUCUACUCCAUGGGCAAGAACAAGGACGGCUGCCUCGGUCAGGGCAAGACGGUGAAGAAGGAGACGGCCAAUCCGAUGCCCAUCACCUCCCUGAACAACUACGUCAUCACCCAGGUGGCCGCCGGCGAGAAGCACUCGGUCGUGCUGGCUUCAGACGGCAGCGUGCUCACUUUCGGCAGCGGCUCCAAUGGUCGAUUGGGGCACGGAGACACCAAGAACCAGGACGUGCCUCGAACGGUGCAGGGCGUGUUCGACAAGGCGUGCGCGAUUGCCGCCGGCUUCGAGCACACGAUUGUGCUCACUGGCCAGCUUCCGUCCCCUGCGACUGAUGAGAAGAAGACCAAGAAGUCGAAAAAGUCGAGCGGCUCGUCCGACCUGAAGAGCUCCAAGUCGAGCACCAAGUCCAAGCUGAGCUCCAAGGCCUCUUCGCGCAAGGCCGGCAAAGGCAAUUACUCGGGGUUCAAUAGCAGCUCGGAGGACAGCGAAGACGAGGGUGAAGAGGAGGAGGAGGAAGAGGACUCUAAGAAGAGCAAGAAGAAGUCCAGCAAGAAGAAGGCCAUCAAGGGCAAGCUCGACCCGGACCUGGAGGCCAUGCUCAAGGAGCUCGGCCUGCUCGAGGCGGCUCCCGUCUUCAUCAAGGCCGGCAUCACGUGGACCGGUGACCUGGACGAACUGGGCCUCGACGUGGGUCCCCGCGUCGCCAUCGCCAACUACCUGCAGACGGCCAAGAACAAAUUCAAGGUGGGUGAGUCCGGCAGCAUCAAGGCCACGAUCGAGAGCCAGGACCUGGUCUUCCACAAGAAGCUGGGCGAGGGCAACUUCGGCGACGUGUGGCAGGGCAAGCUGCGCGGAACGACCACCGUGGCGAUCAAGACCAUUCGGUCAGAGGACAAAUCCGCGUUUCUCCUCGAGGCCCACAUCAUGGCGCAGCUGCCGGCGCACCCCAACGUCGUGACAUUCUUCGGUCUUUCCUCGUGCGAUGAAAAGAACGAGCUGUUCCUGGUCACCGAGUUCGUUGCCGAUGGCUCGCUGGAUCGCUUCCUCACCGAGAACAUUGGCAAGAUAGGAACGGAGACGUUGAUUCAGAUGACGAGAGACAUGGCCGCUGGGUGCGACCAUCUGUCGACGCACGGCAUCGUCCACAGGGAUUUGGCGGCACGCAACUUGUUGCUGGAGAUCAAGCGAAAUGGCGAGCACCACGUCAAGGUGUGCGAUUUCGGUCUCUCGCGCGGGCUGAUCGAGAACGAGUACAACUCGCAAAUGAAGAACGUGCCCGUGCGGUGGACCGCGCCCGAGGCCUUCAAGUACCGUAAGUACACCACGAAGAGCGACGUGUGGAGCUUCGCCGUCACGCUGUGGGAGAUCUUCUCGUUCGGCCAGACGCCCUACACGGGCAUGUCGCCCCUCCAGGUGGUCAAGGCCCUGGACAGCGGGUACCGGCUGUCGCGGCCCGAGUUCUGCCCGAAGCGGCUGUACGACGAGAUCAUCUGCAAGUGCCUCACGUUCGACCCGGAGGCGCGGCCCACGUUCAACGAGAUCUUCAAGAAGCUCGAGGAGCUCUACCCCAACGGCAAGAUCAGCGAGGCCGAGCUGCAGGAGCUGCGGGCGUCGCGAGAGCAGCAGAGCGUGGAUGACAAGCUGGACCACACCACGCGCGACAUGUUCGUCGUCGAGAACGAAGACCAAUACGACGACACCGAGACCGGCGAAUACGCGUCGGAGUACAACAAGUCUGCGGGCAACGGAGAGGCGGAGGUGAAGGCGAAGCAGGACAAGCCCAAGAAGCCGAAGAAAAAGAAGAAGGAGAAGGACGGAGGCGAAGACGAGGCCAAGACGAAGACCAAGAAAAAGAAGAAGACGAAGACGAACGGCGACGACAGCAGCGAGAUGGGGAAGGACAAGACGAAGAAGGACAAGCCCAAGAAGAAGAAGAAACCGGCCGAGAACGCCGCCCCCAAGCCGGGCGAGUACGCGUCGGGCGUCAGCCUGGAAUUUCAGAGCCAGAUGGAGGACAGCGGGCAUUACCUCGUGGACCCGCCCUCCCCGACCACCCCGCCCGCCAAGACCACCACGGCGCCCAGCAGACUCGGCAUGAGCCACGCCGAAAUGGAGAACAUGACCGAGUACGCCUAG